AUGCCUCCUGAAAGUAGUAUUGAAUUACGUAUUAAUGAAACUUAUUAUGGGAAAAUAUAUAAAAAUAAUACAAGUUUAUAAACUGAUAAUUUUAUUUUAUAUGCGAAUUUCAAUAAGGCAAAUUACAAUGAUAAUGCAUUAGUUUAUUAGAAUAAUCAAUACUAUCAAAUCUAUCUAUAAGCAAUCUUAACAAAAUAUUUUAUUCUUAAAUUAAUAGGCAAUUAUACGUACAAUUAAAUUGUAUUUUUAGAGAUAUUCACGCAGGAUGGGCUAUUCGGAGUAUUGAGAUUUAAUCAGGGUAUUGUCCCUCUUAAUGUUCAAUAUGCAGUGAAAAAUUCAAAUGUACUAAGUGCAAUACAAAUUAUUACAUUUCAAAAUGGAACCAAUGUGUUCAAUGCACAAGUAAGUUGUAAAUUAAAAUUAAUGAUACUCAUUGCUAAGAUUUCGAUACUACUGAUGCAACAAAUGUAUUCUAAUUUUAAUUAAUUUUAGAUUCCAGACUAUUAAUAAAAGAAUUUAUUGGAUUAGAAAUUAAUCCUGUUAUGUAUUCUGAGUAUUUAGUAAUUAGUUAAACAGGUUCAAAUUUUCUUAAAGGAGCUAAUAUCUUUUAUUCAAUUUUCAAUAAACAGAGAAUCUUUGGAGGGCCUUAUAUAUGGGCCUAGGCUAGAUUUUCACGAAAAUUCAAUAAUCUUGAUCCUCAUCAUAGUCUAUCUAUAGCUUUCAUUGUUGUUUUUGGUCCUUCAUUCCAGAAUAAUGGUAAAUUUAUUUUUUGGAUUGACGAUACNGAUAUAUGGAAGGGAUUUUGCGAUUCGACACAUGCAUUUAUAUAGACAGUUAAUUUUACAAUUAAUUAAACUUUGAUUAAAGGAAUUCAUUAAUUUAAUGCAUAUACUUUAACGGGUAAUGUAUCUAUCAAGAAUUUCAUCUAUUAAACUCUUAAAUGCCAUCCUAAUUGUAAAAAAUGCUGGGGUGAUUUACCAAACCAAUGUACUGAGUGUUUUUAUAAUACAAUUUAACAAGAUAACACUUGUUCGAAUAAAUGUCCACCAGAGACUCCAUAUUUUGUAAAAUAUCAGGGAUGCAGAACUAUUUGUCCUUUAGACUCAUUAUUGUUUGUAAAUGGUUAUUGUGAAACAUAUAAUAGUAAAAUUGAUAUCUAUAAAAAGGAUUAAUUUACUACUGGUUUGGUUUAUAUGAAUUUAAAACUACUGAACAAUAUAACUGGUAAAUAUUGUAUGAUUUUACUGAUCUUAGACUUCCUAUUCCUUAAAAUUUCUACUUUGAUAAUUAUUAUUUACUUGGAUUAUUUAAAAAGAGUUAAGGGAUUUAUAGAAUUUUAAACAUUAAUAAUCCUUAUAACUUAACUUUAAUAUAUAUAUAAUUAAUACUAUUUAAUGAAAUGCCACUUGAAAGUAGUAUUGAAUUACAUAUUAAUAACACUUAUUAUGGGAAAAUAUAUAAAAAUAAUACAAGUGUAUAAACAGAUAAUUUUAUUUUAUAUGCGAAUUUCAAUAAGCCAAAUUACUAUGAGAGUACAUAAGUUUAUUAGAAUAAUCAAUAAUAUCAAAUUUAUCUAUAAGCAAACAUAACAAAAUAAUUCAUUCUUAAAUUAAUAGGCAAUUAUACGUACAAUUAUAUUGUAUUUUUAGAGAUAUUAACGCAGGAUGGGCUAUUCGGAGUAUUGAGAUUUCAUCAGGGUAUUGUCCCUCUUAGUGUUAAACAUGCAGUGAAAAAUUCAAAUGUACUAAGUGCAAUACAAAUUAUUACAUUUCAAAAUGGAACCAAUGUGUUCAAUGCACAAGUAAUUUUUAAAUUAAAAUUAAUGAUACUCAUUGCUAAGAUUUCGAUACUACUGAUGCAACAAAAUGUAUUCUAAUUUUAAUUAGUUUUAGAUUCCAGACUAUUAAUAAAAGAAUUUAUUGGAUUAGAAAUUAAUCCUGUUACUUAUUCUGAGUAUUUAGUAAUUAGUUAAACAGGUUUAAAUUUUCUAAAAGGAGCUAAUAUCUAUUAUUCAAUUUUGAAUAAAUACUAGAGAAUCUUUGGAGGGCCUUAUAUAUGGGCCUAGGCUAGAUUUUCAAGAUAAUUCAAUAUUCUUGAUCCUCAUCAUAGUCUAUCUAUAGCUUUUAUUGUUGUUUUUGGCCCUUCAUUCCAAGAUAAUGGUAAAUUUAUUUUUUGGAUUGACGAUACUCAUAUGACAGAAUUAACAAAAUCUAGUCCAUCAAAUAAAAUAUUCAAAUAGCACUAACAUUCUUUAACUACUCUCAAACUAGAUUGGGAAUGUUAAGGUCUUAAUAAUGAACCUAUUGAAGCUUAUUGUGGAUUUUAUCAGUUUUAUAUUACUGUUCAUUAUUGUAGGACUGGUUGUCAAGCUUGUACAAAUGAAAUAGAUUGCUAAAAUCCUAGUACAGUACUAUCUUCCACAUGCUAAUAGAAUAAUGAAUAAUAUGAUUGGCAUUUAGAUUAAUGUUUAAAAUGUCCAUAAUUGCUAAACUUGCACAUCCUUAUAAAAUUGUUUAACCUGCAAGGAAGGGUUCAUUAAUCCAAUUUAAGGGUGUGUUUGUUCUCCUAAUUAAUAUCUUGAUAGCAAUCAACAACAAUGUUAAUAAUGCUCUUAAAAUGCGAUAGAUGUACUAAUGAUGUAAUUUGCACCUAAUGUGAUUUUGUAAAAUUUCGAAUAUUAACUAAUAAUUAAUGCAUUUGUAAAGAAGGCUAUUAUGAUGAUAAUUAAAAUUGUUUAAAAUGCCUUUAAUUUUGUAAGAAAUACACAUCAUCAAAUGAUUGCCAAGAAUGUAUUGAAGGAUUUAGCUACAAUAGCAACAAUCUUAUUUGUGAAAGAUCUGCUAAUCAAUAUUAUGUUAGUAAUUUUUCUAAAUUUUUAGACUGUCCUAUAAAUACUUUAUGUGAUCCUUGUAAUUCAGAAAAGACUGACUGCAAAUGUGGGGAUGGUAUAAUUACUGAAAUGGAAGAAUGCGAUGAUAUGAAUAAUUUAGCAAAUGAUAGAUGUGAUAAUUGUAAAUUAGAACGUUAUACACAAUGUGCAAAAUGUAUACUAGGAGUAUGCUAUGAGUGUGCAACCUCAGGUUGGUAUCUGGAUACUUAAACAAUUAACUUUAUUUGUAAAGAAUAAUGUAGAGAUGGGAAAUAAGUAGGAACAGAAAAAUGUGACGAUGCUAUCGAAUCAACUAAGAAAAUCUGUAAGGAUUGUUAAUUUUAUUGCUAUCCAGAUUGCUUAGAGUGCGAUUUAAAUUAAGGUUAAUGUUUAAAAUGUAGAGAGGGCCUAUCUUCAGAAUCAAAUUAUUGUAAAAAUAUUUGAGGAGACGGAAUAAUUGUUUCAGCACCUGAUAUUAAUAAUUUUGAAUAAUGUGAUGAUCAUAAUUUAUCUGAUGAUAAUGAUGGUUGCACAUUUGAUUGUAAGUUUAAAUGCUAAAUUCCAUUAAUAUGUGACGAUUGUCAAAAUGAUAUAUGUCUUCAUUGUGUUGAUGUAUAUCAAUUAAAUUCAAGAUUAAAUCGAUGUGAAUGUAGAGAAUCCUGUCUUGAAUGCGAUCUUUCUUAAGGUAAUGGAUGUUUAUAAUGUAAAAUUGGAUAUGAAUUACUUGAUAAAUAAUGUUUUCCUAUUUGUGGUGAUGAAAUUGUCACACUUGAUGAAUAAUGCGAUGAUGGAAAUUUGAUAUUUGAUAAUGAAUGUCAUCUUUGCUAAUAUAAUUGUUAAGAUUAAUGUGCUCUUUGUUUUAAGGGCAUAUGCUUAGAAUAUUUUGAAAACUAUUUAUUAAUCCAAGAAAAAUGCAUCAAAAUAAAUUAUGAAGAUAAAAUUCUUUCUUAAAUUGAUUUGAAUUUUUCUUAUCAAUCAAGAAUUACGAUCAUAUUAAUUUUUCGAAUACAAUAAUUAUAUAAAAGUGAUCACUCUUUAAUCAUUAGGAUUACAAGUUAAAGAGUUUAUGUAACAAUUCGAAUAAUUGUAUUUUACAUAUUUUAAAAGUUUUUUAAUAAUAGAUUACAUUUUAGAUCUUUUUCAUCAACGGGACAAUUUAAUCAUUGACUAUUUGAAAGAUAAAUAAAAAAAUAUUAUCUACACAACUUGUUAAGAGAUUGAUAUAAAUUGUUCAUCGAUGUGUUUAUCAUGCUCCAAUCAGUAAUGUUUUUUUAGAAAUAGAGAUAAUCUAAAAUAAAACUGUAUCUCCAUUUUUGGAGAUGGAAUUUUAGCUAAGAAUGAAUAAUGCAAUUAUUUAAUUUAAAAUAAUUAAGAAACAUAUAUUAACUGUAAAUAUAACUGUCCUAUUAAUUGCUAAUAUUGUCAUUCAGGAAUAUGCAUCAAUUGCUCUCAAGGCUACUAUUUAGAUUUAAAAACUAAUUCUUGUGACUCUAUAUGUGGAGAUAAAAUCAUAACACCUUAAGAAAAUUGUGAUGAUGGAAACAAUAUUAUUUAUGAUGGUUGUACUAAUUGUCAGUUCUAAUGUCAAGAAACCUGUACAAUUUGCCAAAAUGGAAAAUGUUUAUCUUGUAUCCAAUCCUAUUUUUAUGACCAAAAGAAAGAAAGAUGUUUUGAGAGGAAAUAAUGCGAUGAAUCAAAAGGAUUGUAUUACGAUGAUAUUAAAAAUAUAUGUGUACAAUAUGUGGAGAUUAAAUUAAAGUGGUGAUGAAUAAUGCGAUGAUGGAAAUGAAUAGCCUAAUGAUGGAUGUAAUUAAUGCCAAUUUUAAUGUGAAUUACUAUGUAAAAUUUGCAUACAAGGUAAAUGUACCGAGUGUUAAGAAGGAUACAAAAUUUAAAAUCAAGUUUGUACAAGUACAUGUGGAGAUGGAAUAGUUCUUUUAUCGGAAUAAUGCGAUGAUGGUAAUAAUGUUUCAAGAGAUGGUUGUACCUAAUGCAUUAUUGAUCCAGGCUACUAAUGUAUAAAAGUAUAAGAAACAAGUAUUUGCUUCAUUUGCCAAUCGAAUUGUGCAAAUUGCAUCUAUAUGGAAGGAAAUAUCAAAUGUACCUCAUGCUUAAAAGGAUAUUUCUUACUUGAGAAUGAGUGUAUCACUUGUUCAGAAUAAUGUGAAGAGUGUGAAAAGACUCCAAAUAAUUGUACCAAAUGUAGAUUUGAAAAAUGCGAAAAGUGUAAUAAUAGUUAAGGAUUAUAUGCUGAUUACAAAUUAAGAAAAUGUGUUCCUAAAUGUGGAGAUAAUAUUAAAGCAAGAGAUGAAUAAUGUGAUGAUGGUAAUAAAUAAGAUAAAGAUGGUUGCACUUCUUUUUGUGAAAUUGAAAAGGGUUCUGAAUGUACAAGAAAUAUUUGUUUAAAGAUUCCGGAAAAAAAGUUGAUGUUAGUUUUACCAACUCAAGCUCUGAUAAUAAUUUAGUAAUAAAAAGUGAGAUUAAUUUUUUGA